AGCUCGAGUGGUCUGAGAUUCUUAAAGAGACAGGGUGUGAGCGGCUUCCCAGAGCGGAAAGAGGGUCAGGGGAGGGGGACGCGUUCCUUCAGUCGGGGAUCACCAGGCAGUUCCCCAGCGUGGGCGAAACACCCGGGCGCCGCCCCUGCGGGCUUCGAACUACAAUUCCCAGAGGACGCGAGGAGGGGAGACGCCCGACGUCCAUCGCGGAAGCUGCUGGGGAUUGUAGUCCCAGCCUACGACUUUGGACUCAGUUGCUGGGUAAAUCUGUAAAGAUCCAACCCAUCCUUUUUACCGACGGGGAGAUCGAGCCUCAGAGACUCGAGGGUUUACUGAUUUAGCGAGGCUCUCUUCUCGCCUUAGGGGCGGGGCAUGUGAGUCUUUCCCAGCCUCCAACCUUCUACCUCUUUGGUGGCGUCCACACCUUCUUCCUAAGAAGGGGGAAACUAAGCCUGGAGGGGUGGGUAAGGGAUUCAGGACGCUGUCUCCCUCAGUCACCGCGAGGUUAAAGUCGAGUCUAUCUACGUGGUCAGGUCGCCCUCGGCUUCCGGUCCUCGCCCUUUCUGUCUGUGAAAUGGACUUUCGGUGAUUCCCAAUGGGAACGUCUCAGGCUGCGUCCUGCCCCUCCAGGACUACAAGUCCCAAGGUGCUCGAGGCGACCCCUACUCCCCCUCCCCUCCGGGACCCGCCUCCCUCCGGCCGGAGUCACGUCGUCUAACCUGUUCCCGGCGCCUGCCCCGCCCCGUCCUGCGCUCCCCGCAGCCGGAGCCGGAGCCGGAGGAAGUCCCCCGGUGCCAGGAUCUGCCCGGGAUCCGCGCCCCGCUUCCGCCGGCACCAUGGACAGCGAGGCAUUCCAGAGCUCGAGGGACCUUCUGGACCUGAACUUCCAGUCUCUGGCCAUGAAGCACAUGGACCUGAAGCAGAUGGAGCUGGAUACAGCGGCGGCCAAGGUGGACGAACUGACCAAACAGCUGGAGUCGCUGUGGUCAGACUCGCCCACACCUCCCGGCUCGCAGACUGGAGCCCCCCCUAGGCUGUCCCGGUACAGCUUCAGCCCGGUCCCCGAGCCCUUCAGCAGCCGCGGGUCUCCCCGGAAGGUGGCCACCGACGGUGCAGACACCUCGUUCGGACGCUCCGAGAGCGCCCCGGCUUUGCACCCCUACAGCCCGCUGUCCCCGAAAGGCCGGCCCUCGUCACCGCGCACCCCGCUCUACCUGCAGCCGGAUUCCUACGGCAGCCUGGACCGCGCGCCCUCGCCCCGGCCCCGCCCCUUCGAUGGCACAGGCAGCCCCCUCGGCCGUGCGCCCUCCCCGCGGCCCGGAUCGGGCCCGCUCCGCCAGCAGGGUCCCUCCACGCCCUUCGACUUCCUGGGCCGCGCUGGUUCCCCGCGGGGCAGCCCCCUGGCCGAGGGGCCCCAGGCCUUCUUCCCCGAGCGCGGGCCCUCGCCUCGCCCCCAGACUUCAGCUUAUGACACGCCCGUGGCCUUUGGGAGCCCCCUACUGGGCGCGGGCGGUAGCGCUUUCGCCCCACCUCUGCGCGCUCAAGACGACUUAACGCUGCGCCGGCGGCCCCCCAAAGCCUGGAAUGAGUCUGACCUGGACGUGGCAUACGAGAAGAAAUCUUCACAGACAGCGAGCUACGAACGCCUGGACGUCUUCUCGCGGCCUGCUUCGCCAGGCCUGCAGCUGUUACCCUGGAGAGAGAGCAGCCUGGACGGGCUGGGGGCCACCAGCAAGGACAACCUCACCAGCGCCACUCUGCCCCGCAAUUACAAGGUCUCCCCUCUGGCCAACGACAGGCGAUCUGAUGUGGGCAGCUACCGCAGAUCGCUGGGCUCCGCGGGGCCAUCAGGCACUUUGCCCCGCAGCUGGCAGCCUGUCAGCCGCAUCCCCAUGCCCCCUUCCAGCCCCCAGCCCCGCGGUGCCCCGCGCCAGCGCCCCAUCCCCCUCAGCAUGAUAUUCAAGCUGCAGAAUGCCUUCUGGGAGCAUGGGGCCAGCAGGGCCAUGCUCCCUGGCUCCCCCAUCUUCUCCCGAGCACCACCGCCUAAGCUGCCUCCCCAGCCCCAGGCACCCCCUCAGCCUCAGCCACCCCCUCAGCCCCAGCCCCAGCUUCCUCCCCAGCCCCAACCCCAACCCCAACCACAGCCCCAGCCUCAAACCCCUGCCCCUCAACCUCCCCAACAGACUUGGCCCCCUGUGAGUGAAGGCCCCCCCAAGCCUCCCCCUGAGCUGGAGCCUGAGCCGGAGCUCGAGGGGCUGCUGACGCCAGUGCUGGAGGCUGGUGAUGUAGAUGAAGGCGCUGUCACCCGGCCCCUCAGCCCCACGAGGCUGCAGCCAGCACUGCCACCCGAGGCACAGUCAGUGCCCGAGCUGGAGGAGGUGGCACGGGUUCUGGCAGAGAUACCGCGGCCCCUCAAACGUAGGGGAUCCAUGGAGCAGAGCCCCGCUGUAGCCCUGCCCCCCACCCACAAGAAGCAGUACCAGCAGAUCAUCAGCCGCCUCUUCCAUCGUCACGGUGGGCCUGGGGGGCCUGAGCCCGAACUGUCCCCCAUCAGUGAGGGAUCCGAAGCGAGGGCAGGGCCCCCUGCUCCUGCCCCACCAGCUCUCCUCCCACCCCCAGCCCUGCCCCAGAUCAGCCCACCAGAGCAGCUGCAGAGCAUGGAGAUGCGCUCGGUGCUGCGGAAGGCGGGCUCUCCGCGCAAGGUCCGCCGCGCGCGCCUCAACCCGCUUGUGCUCCUGCUGGACGCCGCGCUGACCGGGGAGCUGGACGUGGUGCAGCAGGCGGUGAAGGAGAUGAACGACCCGAGCCAGCCCAACGAGGAGGGCAUCACCGCCCUGCACAACGCCAUCUGCGGCGCCAAUUACCCCAUCGUGGACUUCCUCAUCGCGGCCGGCGCCAACGUCAACUCCCCCGACAGCCACGGCUGGACACCGUUGCACUGCGCGGCGUCGUGCAACGACACGGCCAUCUGCACGGCGCUGGUGCAGCACGGCGCAGCAAUCUUCGCCACCACGCUCAGUGACGGAGCCACCGCCAUCGAGAAGUGCGACCCCUACCGCGAGGGUUACGCUGACUGCGCCACUUACCUGGCAGAUGUGGAGCAGAGCAUGGGGCUGAUGCACAACGGGGUGGUCUACGCCCUCUGGGACUACAGCGCGGAGUUUGGGGACGAGCUGUCCUUCCGCGAGGGCGAGUCGGUCACUGUGCUGCGGAGGGACGGACCCGAGGAGACGGACUGGUGGUGGGCCGCACUACAUGGCCAGGAGGGCUACGUACCCCGUAACUACUUCGGGCUCUUUCCCAGGGUGAAGACUCAGAGGAAUAAGGUCUAGCUGCACAGAAGGACGUUGCCAAGGGAGGCAGGAGGGAGCAGCCUUGCCUUUGCCCCAGACCUCUUCCUCAGUAACUGCUGCGUCUCUUUGGGCCCCAAGCCCUACAGGGUUGGGGUCCUCACCUCUAGCUCUCUGCUUCCCUGGAAGCCCAAGGGAGAAGGAGAACCUCAGCCUUGCAUUUAGAAACUGCCUUAGCCACGGGAGAUCACCUUGAGGCUGGGAAUCAUUGGAGGCAAGAGACUCCCCCACCACCUUCCUCCAUUUCCAAAUCAGAUCCCGUCCAAAGUGCCUCCCACUCCUACUGCCAACCCCUCCCACCCCUUCAAAACAAGCUAACACACCAUCCUAGGGGAGCCUGGGAUGUGUCACCUCCACUGGAUUUCCCUGGGAGUCACCUCUGCCCCCAUCUCUCCAGGGCUGGGCGAGACACCCUGGUCUCCCACCUCUCCCCAGUCAAGUGCCUUCACCCAGUGCUGGUUUUAUAACCAAAUGGGGACAUUUUUCCUUAUAAAUAAAGGUAGUUUGCACCAAAAUUGACUUCCCUCUCUUUGGAUCCCCCUCUGACCUAAUAAGUGCUCAUCACCCUUACGGAUUUCGACAAACCAGUUUUAAGGAAGCCCCUUUCUAAGGGAUUUCUGUCAUGUAGAUCCAAUACUUCUUCCAAACACACCUGUUUUUUGUGGGGGUUUUUUUAUGGGGGGAGAGGGGGUUUUUUGUUUUUUGUUUUUUUGGUAGUGUCUUGAUCUUUUUUCAUGUUUUGGAUUCUUCCUUUAUGUCUUUAAACAUUUUAAGCUUAUUUUAUGGUGUAUGUAUGAUAAUUCUAUAGUCUGAAGUUUGGGGCCAUCUACUUUUAUAAUUUGCUGUGUCUGCUGGUUCUCACUCAUGGUGGAUUUUUUCCUCGUGUGUGUUGAAAUUAUGGAUUGGGAGACCGUCUUCAACAAGGCUUUAUCUUCCCGAAAUCCAGGCGGCCUUGUUGAGGGUGUGACCCUGAAGAGUGACUUUCCUUUGCUUCUGCCCCCACUUCUUUAUUGUGUAAACUGAUUUUUGGUAAAGCACAGGCAUAUAUCUCCUCUGUGUAUUUCCUGACAAAUCCUAAGGCGACAGCAUUGUUGUUGUCUGAGAUGUCCAAUACCAUAGCCACCCACCUCAUGUGGCUAUUUAAAUUUAAAUUAAUUAAAAUUAAAUAAAAAUUAAGGAUCAUCU